AUGGCCAAGCGCUCACGUGAAGACUCUUGGUCAUCUUCAUCAGACAUUGAAUCCGCCGUCACAACACCAAGUGCAAUUGGAUCUGGUGCUUCAGAAGGUGGACCAGCCAAAUAUACGCUACUUGAUAACGGGAACGAUUCUCGGGAGGAAAAGGUAGUGAUGCGAUGCUCUCUGCCGCCGCAUCGUGAGGCGCUACCAUUCGUGUCAUAUGAAGAAUUUGAGAUUCAUUAUGCCAAAUUCCACGCCAAUCGGUGUGUCGAAUGCAGAAAGAAUUUUCCUUCGGAACAUUUUCUAGGUCUUCAUAUUUCUGAGAACCAUGAUCCUUUAAAUGAAGCAAGAAAAGCAAGAGGCGAAAAGACGUAUGGCUGCUUUGUUGUGGAUUGUGAUAGAAAAUGUUCAAGUCUCCAGAAGCGUCGACUUCAUCUAAUUGAUAAGCACAUGUUUCCAAAAAAUUAUGACUUUCGGGUCAUAGAUACUGGCAUUGACAAACGUAGCUCACUAUUACGCUCUGAUCGUAGCAACAACCAUCGACCACGUGGCUCUGCCGCUGAUCGUGCUGCAAGGCAGACUCAGAGCAAUGGCAGCAUUUCACAAAAGCCGGCUGUAGAGCAAAGCGGCUCAACGCUUCAGUCAGAUCCCUCCAUGGAAAUUGAUAGUCAGAGUCGCGAAACUUUAUCAGAUCUGAACGCUUCACUUUCGCCAGAGGCUUCUUAUCCACCGCGGAACGAAGAGAGCACUGAGGCUUCGUUAAAGUCCAAAACGUCACCUUUUAAAAAUCCCGUGCCAACAAAACAACCUGUCGACAACGAAAUGACGGACUUGACAAAGUCUAUGUCAGCACUUAAAUUCAUUCCGCCGAGCGUAAGGUUCGGAAGAGGACGAGGUCGGUCCGGAUUUAGCAGGUCUUAA